CAAAAUCUCAUAAAAUAAUUAGUAUGUUAACAUCUCAACUGUAAUAACUACCAUCAACCAGUACCAGAGUCAGAUGUCUUGCUACACUAUUCAACCACUUUCUCCUCUCACUCUUCCAUUCUCUUCACGUAGUUUCACACUGCCUUCCCUCCAGUCUGACCGCCACACUGUCCAUUCUCAGCCUCUCACCACUACUACUCUCACCCCCAUCACCACCACCACCACCACUUUCUCUGCGAAACCCUUGUCUGAAUCACGCUCUCAGGACUCAUGGGUCGAAUCCCUUCGCUUCCAAGCUCGGUCCAAUCUUUUUCUGGAAGCCAUUCUGACGUACAUCCAAAUGACUCAACUGGGUAUUCCACCGGAUAACUUUGCUUUCCCGGCGGUCCUCAAAGCCGUGGUGGGUCUUCAGGACUUGAAUUUGGGGAAACAGAUCCAUGCCCAUGUCUUCAAGUUUGGGUACGCUUCCUCCUGGGUUACCGUGGCCAAUUCCCUUGUUAAUGUGUAUGGGAAAUGUGGGGAUGUCGGGGACGUAUACAAGGUGUUCGAGAGAAUUACUGAGAGGGACCAAGUUUCUUGGAACUCUGCCAUUUCUGCCUUGUGUCGGUUUCAGGAGUGGGAGCUUGCUUUGGAGGCAUUUCGGUUAAUGUUGUUUGAGAAUGUGGUGCCUAGUUCGUUUACAUUGGUAAGUGUGGCUCUUGCUUGUUCGAAUUUGCAUAAACAUGAUGGUUUGCGGCUUGGUAAGCAAGUUCAUGCUUAUAGUUUGAGAACGGGUAAUUGGAGAACGUAUACAAACAAUGCAUUGAUGUCUAUGUAUGCUAAGCUUGGAAAGGUUGAUGACUCGAGAUCUUUAUUUGAGUUAUUUGAGGACCGUGAUUUGGUUUCAUGGAAUACUAUGAUAAGUUUAUUAUCUCAAAAUGAUCAAUUUUUAAAGGCUUUAUUGUUCUUGCGUCUCAUGGUUCUCAAAGGAAUUGUACCUGAUGGGGUCACCUUUGCAAGCGUACUUCCUGCCUGCUCUCAUUUGGAGAUGUUAGACAGAGGGAAGGAAAUUCAUGCUUAUGCAUUGAAAAAUACUGAUUUAGUUGAGAAUUCUUUUGUGGGCUGUGCUUUGGUUGACAUGUAUUGUAACUGUCAACAAGUUGAAAGUGGUCGCCAAGUUUUUGAUGGAAUCUUAGAGCGGAAUAUUGCAAUUUUUAAUGCUAUGAUUACCGGUUAUGCACAAAAUGAGCAUGAUGAGAAGGCCUUGAACCUCUUCUUUCAAAUGGUAGCACUUGAUGGAAUUCGUCCAAAUGCCACCACAAUGUCAAGUGUGUUGCCAGCUUGUGUAAGCUGUGAACUGUUCUCUGACACGGAAGGUAUGCAUGGAUAUGUAAUAAAGAGGGGUUUGGAUAGGGAUAAGUACGUGCAGAAUGCACUUAUGGACAUGUACUCCAGGAUGGGGAAGAUAGAAAUUUCAAAAUAUAUAUUUAACUGCAUGGAGCAAAGAGAUAUAGUGUCUUGGAACACAUUGAUCACUGGUUAUGUUAUUAGUGGACGCCAUGAUCAUGCACUCAACCUUCUAAAUCAGAUGCAAAGGGUAGAACUGGAAAGAUACGGAGAUGAUGAUUGUGUGGAUGAAUAUAGGAUUCUUAAACCAAAUUCAGUUACACUAAUGACUGUUCUGCCAGGUUGCUCUGUUCUUGCAGCUCUAGCAAAGGGGAAAGAGAUCCAUGCUUAUGCUGUCAGACAUUUAUUGGCAUCUGAUGUUGCAGUUGGUAGUGCACUAGUUGACAUGUAUGGAAAAUGCGGCUGCUUGAACUUAUCUAGGAGAGUUUUUGAUCGGAUGCCCAUCAAGAAUGUAAUUACCUGGAAUGUUCUCAUCAUGGCUUACGGGAUGCAUGGGAAAGGGGAGGAAGCCUUUGAAUUAUUUAAAAAUUUGGCCACAGAAGGAGAAAAGAACAUCAUUUUAAGGCCUACUCAAGUUACGUUUAUUGCAGUUUUUGCAGCUUGUAGUCACUCAGGGAUGGUUAAUGAAGGCUUACACUUGUUCCAUCAAAUGAAAGAGGACCACAAGGUUGAACCUGCACCAGACCACUAUGCUUGUGUUGUGGACUUGCUUGGUCGAGCUGGUCGGGUGGAAGAAGCAUUUGAACUUAUCAAUACUAUGCCUCCUGAGUUUGACAAAAAAGAUGCCUGGAGUAGCUUGCUUGGUGCUUGUCGGAUGCACCAUAACGUAGAAAUUGGAGAGAUUGCAGCAAACAAUCUCUUCCACUUGGAGCCAAAUGUAGCUAGCCACUAUGUUCUUCUGUCUAAUAUCUACUCUUCUGCCGGACUCUGGGGAAAGGCAAUGGAGAUUCGAAAAAAGAUGAAGGAAAUGGGAGUAAGAAAAGAACCUGGGUGUAGCUGGAUUGAGUUGGGCGAUGAGGUUCAUAAGUUUUUGGCUGGGGAUGUAUUACACCCACAAAGUAAGCUGCUCCAUGGAUUUCUUGAAACCCUGUCAGAAAGGAUGCGAAAGGUAGGUUAUGUGCCUGACACCUCUUGUGUACUCCAUAACGUUGACGAGGAGGAGAAGGAAACUAUACUCUGUGGGCACAGUGAGAAACUAGCAAUAGCUUUUGGCAUCCUUAACAGCCCUCCUGGAACUACCAUUAGGGUUGCCAAGAACCUUAGAGUUUGUAAUGACUGCCAUAUUGCAACCAAGUUUAUAUCUAAGAUAGUAGACAGGGAGAUCAUUCUAAGAGAUGUCAGGAGGUUCCACCAUUUUAGGAAUGGAACUUGUUCAUGUGGAGAUUACUGGUAAUAAAUGCCCAACCUCAUUUAUUCUUCUGAAGAUUUACGAUUUUUUUUUUUUGUUUAGAUAUUAAACCAUCUUGUACUGUUCUAGACUAUGUUUCCACAUUCUGAAAUAUAGUUGGAACGAACACAAUUCUUUAGUAAUUUAGGCUAGAUUUUUAAAGACAGCCUGUAUUCCAGAUAUCUCAAACUGUGAAUUUUCCAGUAUCUAUUUCAAGCUAUGAAAGUG